CGGAUCGCCGCUGCUUAAAGAGAAGAAGCCCAAUAAGUAGUCGGCCAGACCUCUCGCUCGACUCGCAGUCACGCGCGUGGCGUUACCAUUUUCAUUUUUUCACUUUCCUUACUUUCUCUUUGAUCGAUUUGAAGAUGACGAGAGCAGUUCACUCGAUUUUUGUUCUUUUGUCCGUGGUUGCUUUUAUCAGUGCUACGAAAGUAUCCAGGUGCAAGACCGACGUGCCUCGGGACAGCCUGCUCGGCGUCAACAUAACUGGCUGCGACACGCCUCCUUGCAUCUUGAAGAAGAGCUCGACCGUCCACAUAGUGCAAAAGUUCAUCCCCUCCGAGGACAUAAAGAACCUCACGACAAUCGUGAGCGCCACGAUAGCAGGCAUCGAUCUGCCCUUCAUCGGUGUCAAUGGCGUUGAAGCCUGCACGAGAAUCACGGGGGCCAACGGUGCUGGCGGCUGCCCGCUGAAAAAGGGCGUCGAGUACAUCUACAGCAACUCGUUCAACAUUUUGGGGUUUUACCCAGCGGUUGCCUUGCGAGUUCACUGGGCUUUGAAGGAAGAGGACAAAAACAUUACGUGUUUCGAGGUUCCGGCAAGGAUAGUCUAAUCAACAGCAAACGAAGUUCAUUUUGUAUUGCUUGGAAAAAGGUCGUAUAUUGCUACCCAAUGUUUGCUAUCAAUCUCUCGGAGUGAAAUUACCGAUACAAUCUAAUGCAUAUCGUGUGUGAAAUUAUGAAAUAAAAAAAAAAUUUUUUAGUUAAA